AUGAAGCCCAGCACCGAUGAGACCGCCAGUAGUGAUGAGGAAACCGGGCUCACGCCGACUGAAUUCCGCAAGAUCGUCGAAGCUCGUAGCGCCCAACGAGCCAGCAAAAAGCGAUACGUGAAGGAUCUAGAAGCAAAGAUUGCCACAUUGAGGGCUUCACAGAAGGAGACCGAGGAGGAAAAGAAAAAGCUUCAGCAAGAUCUAGCCAAGGCGUACACCGAGAACGCCAAUCUGCGCUUUGCGCCUCCCUCUCCAAAGUCAGAGUGCUGA